AUGAAAUUAAAGGAAAUCCCUCGCACUGCAACAUUUGCAUGGAGUCCGGGGCAGCAUUUGCCAAUAAUUGCCACGGGUACCGUAGCGGGGGCUCUUGAUGCUUCGUUCUCAAGUACAACAGAAUUGGAACUUUUUCACAUUGAUAUACAUAGUUCUGAUACUGCAGUGGAACUGCAGCCCUCUGCUGUAGUUACUAGUAAUGCAAGAUUUGAUCGCCUUGUAUGGGGAAAUGCAAUCGAUAAAACAUAUGGUAUCAUUGCCGGCGGAUUGGAAAAUGGUGAAUUAGAUCUAUGGGAUCCAGAAAUAAUCUUGGAGAGUGGCAACGCAGAAAAAGCUUUAUUACUACGUAACACAGCACAUUCCGGAAACGUUCGUGGAUUGCAAUUCAAUCCAAUUCAAAAUAAUUUAUUAGCCUCGGCUGCAACGAAUGGCGAAAUAUUUAUCUGGGAUCUGGCAAAACCUGAUAAACCCUAUACCCCUGGUACAAAAUCGCCAAAAAUGGAGGAGAUCACCCACCUUGCUUGGAAUAAUCAAGUGCAACAUAUUUUGGCAACAUCUUCGACUACGGGUUAUACCCUAAUAUGGGACUUAAAAAACAAGAGGGAGGUUAUGCAUUUAUCAUAUACGGGUGCUGCUGCUCAUUUAGCAGGCGGUUAUGGUAUGGGAUCUAUGAAUAUGGCUUCCGGUUUAGGUGUCGGGAGAAGGGGCAUCACCGCAGUGGCGUGGAAUCCUGAUAUGGCAACGCAAAUAAUAACUGCCUCUGAAGAUGAUAAUAACCCAGUUAUUGUAAUUUGGGAUGUUCGUAAUGCGCAUGCUCCAGAAAAGAUUAGCGUCCAUUCUUUGCAAUCUAGCCAAGAUAAAUCAGUACAAGCCAACGUACAUGACAAUGACGAUCCUUUUGCACCAAUUGCUUCCGCACAUCAACCAUCUCUCACACUCAAACAACCUCCAAAAUGGUUAAGGAGACCUGUAGGUGUGAUGUUUGGUUUUGGUGGAAAGUUAGUCUCAUUUUGCGAUAAGGCUUCUACAGGAGCUGCACCUAACAAGCAUGUUGUCACAAUAUCCACUGUUGUGACGGAACCAGAGGUUGUGCAGCGAUCCAUUGAACUUGAGUCAUCAGUUGAAGAAAAGUCUCUCGGCAUCUUCUGUGAACGUCGUGUCAAAGCAGCAGCGAACGAAUUUGAGUCAGAAAAUUGGAAAGUUCUUCACACAAUGUUCAAUGAAAAUGCAAGGGAACAGUUAGUUAAACAUCUUGGAUUUUCAAAAGAUGAUGUAGUCUCUCAAAUAUCGACUGCUAUAAAAGCUAUGAAUUUAAAGGGAACCUCAAAUGAGGAAUCAAAACAGUCAGAAAUAAAUAAUAUUCAUGACAUUUUACGGCAAGAUAAUACCACAGAGCCAGUUGGUGUAGUAUCUUUACCUUCGAGCCCUAUUGAUGUUAAGUCAGAUGCAGAACAAGGUCACGAUGAACAAUUUGUUACCAAAUCAGAUAAUAUGGACGAAUUAUUUUCCGGACCGACUGAUCCUAGUGGGCCCUCAGAUGCUUCUAAUUUCUUCAGUUCUGGGAACAUCCCUGAUGCAUUUCCUGUUCAAAGUGGAAAUAUCAAUAUUGGUUCAUUCAAAAUUUAUCCUGCACAAGAAUCAGAUGUUGAUAAACUAAUUACCCGAUCCAUAGUACUUGGUGAUUUUGAAUCUGCAGUAGAUUUAUGUUUAAAAGCUGACAGAUUGUCAGAUGCAAUACUUUUGGCGGGUUGUGGUGGCCAAGAACUUUUGCAGCGAACUCGGAAAACAUACUUCGAAAGGCGAGCAUCGACCAUCCCAUAUCUACGUCUUCUUCAGAGUAUUGUUUCUGGCGAUUUAUCGGACAUUGUAUUCAAUGCAGAUUUAUCCGAGUGGCAAGAAAUUGUUGUAGUUCUUUGCACAUUCGCUCGCCCUGAAGAAUUUGGAGGAUUAUGUAACGCACUAGGUCAGAGACUAGAGCAAGAAUAUCAUAAGUUUAUUGGUCCUACAUCGACAGAAGAAAUGAAAUCAAGAGGAUUAGAAUAUAGGAAAAAUGCAGUGUUAUGUUUCCUUGCUGCUGGUAAUUUGGAAAACGUUGCAAGUAUUUGGAUUGCUGAACAAGAAAAUGAAGAAAAACAAUAUGAAACAGUACAAGAUAAUCAGGACGGGUCUAAAUGUACAGGCUUGAAGUAUUCUUACCACGCAAAAACUCUUCAGAGUCUAAUCGAAAAAGUUACUAUAUUUCGCAAGGCGAUCGACUAUGUUGACGCAUCCGUGGUUCAAAAUUUAGAUUCAUCUACUAGUGAAUCAAAUCAACAGUACAAAUUGUAUGCCCUAUAUGAUAAGUACGCAGAUUACGCCGAAAUUCUUGUAUCGCAAGGUCGCUUAACUACUGCCCUUAAAUACUUGAAUUUAAUACCUGUAGAAUACAAAACAGCUACACUUGAUCAAAAUAAUUCUUUGGCCGUAAUCAGAGAGAGAUUGUACAACUCCGGUGUGGAUGUAGGAAGCAUUAAAGCACCUUCAUUCCCAUUUUCACAAGUACAUAUUGGUGAAGAUGGCGAAAUAAACCAAACUGUUGUUGGUAGUGAUGCAACUUUUCCACCACAAGUCGACCCCAACGUCACACAGGCUGCUUACCAACAAUCUGCUGCUCAACAAACAUAUUAUAAUCAAUAUACCUAUAACCAGCAACCCGUUGUUCCAAACGUGCCGUAUCAACCUCAACAGCAAGCCCAGCAAGUCCAACAGACGGCUUAUAACCAAUAUGUACCGCCCACUUAUAACCCACCUCUACAAAAUCCCACAGGUUACCCCUAUCAGCAAAACUUUACCGGAUAUAAUCGACCAUAUUCAGAAAGUAAUAAUAAUUUAAUCCCUCAACCUCCUAUGCCUAAUACGCUUGUCCAAAACGAAAACGUACCGCCUGCAGAAGUUUUAGGUGCACAGAAAAAUGUACAAAACUGGAAUGAUCCUCCAGUUGUACCUCCUCCACAAACGGACAGAAGGGCAGUACAAGCCCAAGUGAACAAACCAUCACCUAUCGUAUCCCCCUUUCCGACAUCCACUUAUCCAGCGCAGCAAAAGGUACAUCCUCCGCCACAACAUUUUGCUGCUCCACCACAACCGAACAUACCUACAGGCUUGCCACCUCUCCAGGCAAAUCCUGCAGCUCCUACAACAGCAUCGUAUCAGCCCAUUCAGUCGAUGCAGCCACAAGCAGGUGUUACGUCGUCUUUAUAUCCACCACCACCACCUCCUAAUCCAAAUGUUCAGCAGCAACCAUCAACACAACGACCUUCGCAACCUACUCAGUCAUAUUAUGCUCCUAAUCAACCGACAUCAACGCCCAAUAGAAUACCUACUCCAUCAAAAACGCCAACACCCUCAAACAAACAUCCACCUGGUGAUAGAACUCAUAUUCCAGCUACACAAAAACCAAUAUUUAUUAUACUUAGUAACGAAUUGUUGAGAGCUCGACAACAUUCUCCUAAUACACAAAAAAAAUUAUUGGAUGAUACCGAAAAACGCCUUAACAUUCUAUUCGAUGCUUUAAAUAAUGAAGAAGUUUCUCCAAGUGUUAUUGAAUCAUUAUUAACUCUAGUUAGAGAUUUGGAAUCUCGUAAUUUUCCUAGUGCCAUCAACAUUCAAGUGCAGUUAAUGACUACUAAAAUGGACGAGUGUGCAAAAUGGUAA